AUGACUAUCGUCAUCCUCGUCGGUGUGCUCACUGUUGUGGCACUCACGGACGGUUUGAUGGGACCAUCCUUCUCGUCGAGUAGCGUGCGACUUCACAUCGAGGAGCGUAUCCAGGAGCAGAAGAGGAUGCGCCCAAUCCAGGUGCCACUACCAAUUUCUGCUUUGCCAGUAGCCGAAGUGCCAGAAGCUGUCGAACACUCUCAUCCCCCGCCUCCUUCUCCUCCCUCGCCGCCGCCGCCGCCGAAGGUCAUGCUGCCAGAAUAUAUGAAUAUAGACAAUUACCUGAAUGGUCCGCCUACAAUUCACUUCCGUGAUAAUUUGAAGAAGAACAAGGAGUAUCUCACCUCCUUCAUGGGUGCAGGAUUCACUAAUGAUGUGAUGACAAUUGGUAACAUCAUUUACCUUGCUAUGAUCACAUCUCGCGUCCCAAUCCUUCCUCCUCUCACCUCCCACAUAGAGGGCGGUGCUCCGCCACUGCCGUUCUCCGACAUCUUCGACCUCGGCUACCUCAUGCGUGCCACACAGACGCCGAUACUCGAGUGGCAUCAAGUUAAGGAGCUCGACAAUUACACGGUGUUCGGUGAGACCGACGAAAUUGGGUGUUGGAAUCUUUGGGAGGUCGUCAGCGCUUCAACUGAACCUCGCGGGAGUCGCACAACGACGGUGUUGAAUCUAGAUAUAUCAUACACACGGGCACCGUCGUGGAUGAAGAUGAGCGACCAGGAUUGGAACUCAUACGCCUCAUUCUGGGAUCUCGCGAAGCUGGCGUUCCCGCAGACCCGCAGCGGGACCCUCUCUAAUCCAGGGGCACAUCCGACACGCCCGUCUGAGCGAAAUAAUGUUGUACUUCCUCCAGAUGAGCAGCUCCUAUGCUACGACUAUCUGUACUAUGCUUGCGCAUCUGAGGCAUCCGAGUAUGACUGGGAUUUUAGCCCUGCAUGGAGAUUCGUCGCCAAGCACUUCCGGUGGACGUCCCGCAUGGAGAACCUUGCUCAUGAAUACGUCCGCCGCGCAAUGAGCUUACCGGAGGCCGUACCGAUCCCGCCCUACAUCUCGCUGCACGCACGACACGGCGAUUUCGGUGGGAUGUGCGGCGGCAGCGCCCUGGAGGAUUGCUACACGCCGCUCUCCGCGUUCGCACGGCGUGUGGACGAGGUGCAGGAGGAGCUGCGCGCGAAGCACGGCAUCGAUGUCACGCAUGUCAUCAUGACGAGCGACGAGAAAGCCGAGGAGUGGUGGAGCGAGGUCGCUGAGCGCGGAUGGUACAGAGUGGACCAUGGCCGCGAAAAUACCAUGGCGCGCCUUGGGACCUGGUAUCCGGUCAUAGUGGACGCUGUGAUCCAAUCACAGGGCAUCGGCUUCGUGGGCACGGAGUUCUCGACGUUCUCGAGUUUUGGAAGACGGCGCGUAGAGGACUGGAACAAUGGCGUUACCAGGACUGUGAAGUGGGGAUGGAUAGGUGCCGAUGAGUCUCACUAG